UGCUAUUUCGAAAGGUCCAUGGUCAAACCUGUAAAGCGAUAAGUUAUGGAAUAUCAUCCAAAAAGGAAGAGAUAAAAGGUGACCACGGGGCUUAGAAAAAUGGGAAAUAUUUUUGACCUUGUUCAAAACAAACCAACAUUCCCCCAAGGCAGGAGUGAAAGUGAAUUAUAACGUAAAAAUGGAUGAACAUGACAGUUUGUUUAUAAACGAUAGUUCUCAUAUAUUUAAUGUUUGCGAAGUUUUAAAUAUAUUUCGUGAAAGUGGAGAACUUUGCGAUGUCGUACUUUACACCGACGAAGGUAUGAAGUUGCCAGCACACAAAGUCGUACUGAGCGCUUGCUCACCAUAUUUUAGAGCCAUGUUUACUACAAAUUUUAUAGAAGCCAGAGAACCGGUUAUAUAUUUAAAGCAUACUGAUGGUUAUGCUUUAAGAGAUAUGAUUGAUUAUUUCUAUUCAGGCAAAUUGACUGUUAAUUGUUACAAUGUUGAAGAAAUAAUCAAGCUGGCAAAUGUUUUGCAGUUAAAAGAUUUAAUUGAGAAAUGUGAAGUGUAUUUGCGACGGAAUAUGUCACCUAAAAAUUCACUUGGGUUACAAGCUUUUGCUCAUCAAUAUUCUUUAAAAAAAUUGAAGGAACAUGCCAAGCGUUACAGCUGUUGGAAUUUCAAUGAUGUAAAGAAUGAAGAGGAAUUUCUUCUUUUGCCUUUAAGUUGCUUAAAAGAAUUGAUUGCAGAUGAUUCAUUGAGAGCACCUUCUGAGGAUUAUAUUUUCGAGGCUGUAAUGAAAUGGAUUUUAUAUGAUUUUAACAACAGAAAAAGUAAUUUACAACAGCUGCUGCCACAUGUUAGAUUUCCUCUAAUGAGUCCAAAUUACAUUCGAAAGAGUAAUAUAGUUCAAACUUUGUUGGAUAACUUUACUAUUGGAGCCAGUUACAUUGAAGAAGCUUUGAAAUAUCAGUACCAAGAACUUACUAUUGAAAAUGCAAUAUUACCAAAACGCUUUACACCCAGGGCUUCUUCUCAGGAUAUUUAUGUCAUUGGCGGUUGGUCAAAUGGUCAAAAAUUGAGCACUGUCCAAUGUUUUAGUGUAGAUACCUUAAAAUGGACAACAGUUAGUAACAUGAAUGUUGCACACGUGUCAAAAGAAGAUUACUUCCGUGUCAUAGUGUCCAAUGAAGAGUUGUACACAAUUUGUUAUGAUAAAGUUAUGAAGUAUGAUCCAGUUGAAAACUUGUGGCAAAAUUUUGCUGCUGGUCCAGAAAUUCAGUGCAAAUGGGCUGGGGUGUGCGAAUUUAAUGGUGAAUUUUACGUUAUAGGUGGAAAUAGUUUGCAGACCAGCAAGAGAUUUUGUACUGAAGCUCGUGAAUGGAAAUUCCUGCCAUUAAUGAAUACAGCCAGGUAUUAUCCUGGUGUAGCUGUAAUGAAUGAUAAAAUCUAUGUCAUUGGAGGACUAGACAACAGGUGGUACCCAGUAAAGCUUUGUGAAUGCUACAAUCCCUUAACAAAUACUUGGGAAGAUAUUGCCAGAAUGCGAACUCCACGGUGGAGUCUUGGUGUUGCUGUCUUGAACAACAAACUUUAUGCUAUUGGUGGAAGCCAUAAUGUAGAACAGUUUGCAAAUACUGUUGAAGUCUAUGACCCUGUUUUAGAUUCCUGGGGUCGAUCGACAGCGCCAAUGAAUUAUGGCCGAAGAUGCUUAGGAGUCGCUGUGGUAAAUAACUUGAUUUAUGUUGUUGGUGGAAGAGUGGCAAACACGAUAGAAUGUUACAAUGAAGAAGAGAAUGAAUGGAAGGUUAUAGGUUCUGUGCAAACCUGUUGUAAUUUUGGAUGUGUUGCCCUAAGAAUAUUAUAACUUGAUUGUUCAGGGUUUUUUUUAGUUUUCAUUUUGUUGUCCUUGUGAUGUAUAUAUACUUGUGGUGUUUAUACAAUGAGUUCAAAUCUAGAAGAAUUUUGCAAUUACUUUGUUACAUUCCUAAUGGGAUUAAUACAAAUUAAUCUUUUUACAAAAGAACAAAUGAAUGGUUGACAUCAAAGAAAAUUUAAUUAAGAAGUCUUGUUAAGUCUUUAAAAAAGAACUAAUGUCUUUUCCAUAAUUACAGCACUGCAUUGAUUCAAUCUCCUGUGUCCUGCAAGCUGAAAUUUUGUGUUUGCGUAUAUUAAAAUUAAAUUAUUUCCAUAUAUCUAUAAAAUAUAUGUAUAUUAGAAUUACAGUAUGCAAUUAUGAACAUAGUAUUUUUCUAGGGUGUGUAUUUACAAAUUUUAUUUUAUUGUAAUUUUUAGGCAGAUACUGUGGUCGUGUAAUAAGUUUGACAAAAGAAAUUCAAUUGAUGUUUAA